AUGGGAAGUGUUUAUACUACCCCCUGGGGUGUAUACUACUACACCCCACUGGAAUAUGUGCUGAGCAAAGGCCAGAGCCCCAGAAGAAAACAAGUGUGGACUCAGCGAGCUGCCCUCACCCGGGUGUGAACCCCGCCGGCCCGGGGUUGAGGGGGGACCGGUGGGCUGUGUGAUAUGGCAAUGAGCCCCGUGCUGUCAGAGUUCCUGCGAGAGCUCCCAGGCUGGUUCCUGCUCUCGGGCAUCUUCCUGCCCGUGACUUUGCUGCUGUUCCUUCUCAUUGCCUACUUCAGGAUCAAGCUGAUGGAGGUUAAUGAAGAACUGUCACAGACUCCUGAUCACCAACACAAUCGUAAGGCUAGCUCUUCCCGGUACCAGAGAAAGAAACAGACGUGACUGUUGGGGACUGAUCAAUGGCUAAAGCACAGUCAAUUUCUACUGGUCGGAGAGCAACGGUCAAUGGCUUAGCAAAUAGUUAAUAAACUAGAACCACAGCAAGACAAAAAGAACACUAAGAUGCUUGUUCUGAAAAGUGGUUCAGGAGGACAGCUAUGAAACUCGACUUAAAUAGCAGUUCUUUGGCGAGUCCCAAGAAUAUAAGAUUUUGUUGGAUGUGCUCUAUGCACUAGGCACAUUGUAACUUUUUAACUUUUAUAGGACUAUGUCUACUCUGAAGGGCACUAUUUUCAAACUAAAAUUCUUAAGCAUCAUUAUUACGUAAUCCCGUGGAAGCCCGCAUUAUUCUGACUUUGGAGGUGAAGAUACUCUGGUAGAGAUCAAAUAAAUAGCAAAAGAUGAGCGCCUGUGAAUUCCUGCUGUGAGAGUUCCCACUUUCUCCCUUGAAGUUCGGCAACACUGAAAUGACACCUUUUAAGGCAUCAUUUCUGGCCCUUGGUUUACUUCUCCCCUUUUCCCAAUUGCUUUCACAAAUCGCAUCAUCAUUGUGAGAACCCACAAAACAAGCAGAGUCUCUCGAUACUCGGUAUGCAUCACCAUGAAAGUAGUUUUCAGCAUGACAUGACUUGGAAAUACUGGCAAUUUGGUGGGAAAAGGAAAGAACAUCAAGUUCAUGGGACUCAUAUGGAGAAUAACUCAAGACUUUGCCUCUAAACCAAAACACCGGGGAGCUAUUUCUAAAUACGGAAAGAGGUCAACAUUUCACUAGCACAAUUCUUCUUUCAGUGGGAACCCCAAAUAGCCAACCUAGAUAACUGAAAAGAAACAUUUAAUUCAAAGUAGUAGUUCAAAUAGAUUGU